GCAUCUGCAGUCAUGCCCUCAACCAGCGUGUACGGUGGAGCCGGGGGAAGGGGCGCCAGGGCGUCCGUGGCGAGCCUGGAGGGGCUGCGUAACGUCCUGCGCAACGAGACGGACAGGGACUCCGCUCGCGCCUCUCCAGCACCUCCACCCACCGCUUCCCCGGCUCCUGCCGCUCCCGCCGCCCCCGCGGACGACAAGUCCACGCUGCGGGGUCUGAACGACCGGCUGUCCGGCUACCUGGACAGGGUGAAGCAGCUGAAGGAGGAAAACGACAAUCUGGAGAGGCAGAUUGAUGAGAUUCUGGCCAAGAGGAAGACACCUGAGGGCCGCGACUGGGAUGAGACUACGAAACCCCUGGAUGAGCUCAAAGACAAGAUCAAAGACAUCACUAUGGACAAUGCUAAGCUGUUGCUUCAGAUUGACAACACCAAACUGGCCAAUGAUGACUUCACAAACAAGCUGGCCGAUGAGCAAAAGGCCCGCAAGGAAUUAGAGAAAGACGUGGAGGAUCUGAAGAAGACCAACGAGGACACCAAGAUGAACUGCGAGCAGACGAAGAAGGAGAUUGAUUUGGUGAAGGAGGAGCUCGCUCGCCUCAAGCAGGAGCACAAAGACGAGGUGGAUGUCCUGUGUGAGAAGAUCAAAGAGUCUGAGGUGACGGUGGAGAUUGAUUCCCAGAACUCUAACCUGGCCGAGAUUCUCAACAAGAUCCGCAGCCAGUACGAUAAACUAGCCAAAAAGAACCUGAAGGAGACCGAUGAAUGGUACCAGAGCAAGUUUGACAACAUCAAGGUGGUGGAGGCCCAAAAUGUCGAGACCUUGAAUUCUGGAAAGACUGAGCUCAGGGAUCUGCUCAAAGAGAGACAAAUGCUGGAGAUUAGGAUCUAUAGUUUGCAGACCACGAUCCGAAAUCUUGAGGAAACCGUGAGGAACACCGAGGCCGAGUACAGUCAUCGACUGGCCCCGCUCAACAAGGUGAUAAUGGACCUGGCGGCGGAGCUGGAGAAGGUGAGGUCUCAGGUGGAGCAGCAGGUAGAAACCAACAAGAACCUGCUGUGCGUCAAGAUGAAGCUGGAGUCGGAAAUCAACAGCUACCAGCAGCUGAUCCAUGGGAUGACCACUGAUACUGACAGCUUGGAGUUUGCUUUAGAGGAUGCAGUGGUCAGCGACCAGCUAAAGCCUGACAACGCUGUGCCUCAACAGCAGGAGGAAGUCCCUGUGAAGCAAGAAAGCACCCCUGUUAACAAAUCCACCCCCCCAGGAGGUGCCACUGCUGAAGCAGAUAAACCCCCUGAAGUGGAGGAAAAUGACCUCAUCAUGGCCCAAGCGGUUUCUGCCAAUAACACAGCACCUGAAAUUGCACCAAACAAAACCACCGCUGAAAAGAAAAAGAAGAAAAAGACCAAAAAUAAGAAGGAUUCCUCCUCUUCUUCCUCCUCCUCUUCUUCCUCUUCGUCUUCAUCUUCCUCUUCCUCCUCUGAGUCCGAGAAUGAAAAUGAAAAGCCCAAGAAAGAGGGUGAAGUUGACAAAGCUUGAUCUGUUUUUUUUCUGCUCUAAUAAGUAUCAUAUUAAACUGUGUCCUACUGCUGCUGUCAAACCUGAAAUGCUGGUUGUUGAGGUGUAUUUGCUCAUGUUGGUAAAUAAAUACAUUUGAUUUUGAAAGAAAAUUA